UCAACAAUCUCCAUAAAUUCAGAGGGUUCAUCUGAUUUGACAUGUUACUUCAAACUUGUCCUCGUUACACAGACAUCGCCAAGGAACGUAAUUUGAAACAAUCUGCCCUUCUUCGGCGCGUCUACACCUCUAUCCUGGACCCCUGCAGGUAUUGAAGUGACCUUGCCACGAGCAUGAACAAGAUCAAUAUCCUGGAACCAAUCCUGUCAUCAGCUAGUGCGCUUACACGGCAUUAAUUCUUGAUCAUCUUGGGGGAUGUGACCUCGGCUCAGUUUCAUUGCUGAGGCGUAGGCUUCACCUAACGACAAAGUUCCAGAAACAAGGUAUACAAUACGAACAAAAGAACUCUAUCAUGCUUCCACCUCCCGUAAAGAGAAAUCGGGAUCCCGAGACCUCUAAACAAGCAAGCUUGGCUCUGGCCAAUGGAAGCAGAAGGCAACCUUGACAACACUACCUGUCAUGGACGAGCAAGCAAUACAGUGCGGCUUCUCAAACAGUGUUAAACUUCAUAGUAAACGUUUCAUUCCCUCCCCCGCGAAUCAUUGCACCUAUCGUGACUUGCUAUCCAACCUUACAUUGUCCACUGACCGAAGUCGCUCUCCCCACGCUCCAUCAUGAAUGGCAGUGGGAAAGCGUAAAGUAAAGUGGCGUCCUACCUAUCUCGGGCAGUGGCUCCUAUCAUGAUGCAACGGGUCCCCAUGGAUGGCAAGUGACUCUCUCUUGGUAGUGACUUGUGCGCCUUUGAUAAGCUCUCCUCAUAAGCAACUGACUCCUCGAAAGUGUAAUCAUAUUUCUUAAACCCCUAACGCACUCAACAACUCCUACCAAAACUCCAUUACUUGAUAACCUCAUUUCUAAACCCAGCACUUAUAACAUCAUCACCCACUACCAAUAACACAACCACAUACAUCAUGCGGCUCAUCAUCCGUGACGACGAGACUGAGGCAUGCAAGUAUGUCGCCAAUUAUGUCGUGGAGCGCAUCAAUGCCUUCCAACCCACACCCGAGCAUCCCUUCAUCCUCGGCCUCCCGACAGGCUCUAGCCCUAUCGGAGUGUAUGAUAUGCUAGUGCGCAAGUACAAGGCUGGCGAAGUAUGUUGCAUCACCUCAUCCUAUAGCAGCAUCUAACAAUAGCAGGUCUCAUUCGAGAAUGUAGUCACCUUCAACAUGGACGAGUACGUCGGUCUUCCUCGAGACGACCCAAACUCCUACCACUCCUUCAUGUGGAAGCACUUCUUCUCUCAUGUCAACAUUCAUCCUUCCAACGUCCACAUACUCGACGGCAACGCUGCCAGCCCGGAAGCCGAAUGUGAUGCAUACGAGGAAGCUAUCAAGGCAGCUGGUGGUAUUGAUCUCUUCUUGGCCGGUAUUGGUGAAGACGGUCACAUCGCUUUCAACGAACCCGGAUCAAGCCUUGCCAGUCGCACUCGAGUCAAGACAUUAGCAUACGACACCAUUCUAUCCAACUCGCGCUUCUUUGACAACGAUGUAAGCCGGGUGCCAAGAAUGGCAUUGACUGUGGGCGUCCAAACAGUCCUCGAAGCAAGAGAGGUUGUUGUCAUUAUCCUUGGAGCCCGCAAGGCGCUUGCAUUGCAAAAAUGCGUCGAACAAGGCGUCAACCACAUGUGGUCACUAUCAUGCCUUCAGCUCCACCCUCAUCCCAUGAUUGUCGUCGACGAGGACGCCACAUUGGAACUUCAGGUAAAGACAGUCAAGUACUUCAAGAGCAUCGAGAAAGUUGCUCGCGAGCAGGGAUUCGAGCAGAUUCUUCCCUCCAAAGUACGAACUGGCAACGUCGCUAUUCCUGAAACCAAGAUUCAGAGAGCUCAGAGUCCUGCGAUUAUCGCUCCGGAGCCGAUUACUUCACAUCUCUUGCGAGCGACACCUGCGGGCGACUACUCUAUGAGAACCCCUUCGCCCGAUUUGUUCCCCGACCGAAUGGCAUCGCGUAUUCCAGAACCGAACCUGAACCGCAGACUUACGCCCAACCUCGAAGUUCAGACCGACGUCCCAAAGACGAAAGUUGAGAUGAUCGAUAGCGCCGUCGCCAUGUCUCCAGACGCCCCUGUCGCGAACUUGCUUCAGCCGAUGACAGCAAACAUUAAGGCAAUGCGAUCACCGUCGCCAGACCUAGUUCCCGACAGUAUGGCCUCACGCAUUCCUGAGCCAGAUCUGAGCCGCAGGUUGACACCCAACCCCGAACUUCAGAAGAAAAUAAACACCAUCGGGGCGCAUUGAAUGGGAUGAGUGGAUGCAUUGGGGUAGGAAGAAUAGAAAAGAAACGGAGACCAGGAAGGUCUUGUUCAGUCGCUACAGGGUUGGUUCAGGAACGAAAUUAUCAGACUGUAUAAGUAUGACUACAACGAUAGUAUCUUUAGCACCGUAUUCGAUUUAGGCGUUAAAGUCAGGUUAGAGAUAGAGCACAAAUUCCACUGGUGGCUUUUAGAUAGGUUGCGUGUUGGGGUUUAUGGGUGUUAUGUAUAUCGUCUCGGCGUGGAGGCGUUUGGGGAAAAAGUGUCAUUUCUUGAAAAUCGAUUGUGAUCUAGGACGACUGGAAGAAACACAAGUGUUCAAUACGAUCUAAUACCUCUUGUAACUUGAGAAUUCAGUUUGUGUAUAGAUUCACUCUCGAGCAGCAUGAGCGUGAUUCCACAACAGAUGCUGUGUUUUGUAGUACGUACUUUGCAAUGACCAAUUGUCGCAUUAGAAUUCUAGGGUAUCGAUGCAAAC